CACUUCGCAACAAAACGCAGCGUUUUGAGGAACUCAUAGCCUUCUUCUUCAACAACUAUAUAAAAUCUAAUACCCUGUUAAACCCUAGCUACCUCACGGCUCCUGACCACUUUCUCUUGUCCGUCUCUCCAAUCCUUCAGCUGUUCGUAGAUCCUCCGAGGUGUUGACUUAAGCUUGUGAAGAUGCUUGUACUGUUUGAGACACCUGGCGGUUUCGCUCUGUUUAAAGUAUUAGAUGAAGGAAAGCUAUCAAACGUUGAGGAUUUGGGUAAUGUGUUUUCGUCUGCAGACGCAGCUCGAAAGAUGGUGAAGCUGAAAGCUUUUGACAAGUUUGACAACACCUCUGAAGCACUUGAAGCUGUGGCUAAGUUGCUGGAGGGAGCUCCCAGCAAGGGUCUCCGCAAGUUUCUGAAAGCUAACUGCGAAGGUGAAACCUUAGCUGUGGCUGAUUCGAAGCUUGGAAACAUUAUCAAGGAGAAACUGAAAAUAGACUGUGUCCACAACAAUGCGGUUAUGGAGCUGUUGCGUGGUGUGAGAAGCCAGCUUUCCGAACUUAUAUCUGGGUUAGGGGAUCAAGACUUGGCUCCAAUGAGCUUGGGGUUGUCUCACAGUCUUGCUAGAUAUAAACUAAAGUUCAGCUCUGACAAGGUUGAUACUAUGAUCAUCCAAGCUAUUGGUCUGCUUGACGAUCUUGACAAAGAGCUCAACACUUACGCUAUGAGGGUUCGUGAAUGGUACGGUUGGCAUUUUCCCGAGCUUGCUAAGAUCAUCUCGGACAAUAUCUUAUAUGCCAAGUCUGUUAAGUUAAUGGGGAAUCGGAUUAAUGCAGCCAAGCUAGACUUCUCUGAGAUAUUGGCUGAUGAAAUCGAAGCCGAACUAAAAGAAGCUUCUGUGAUAUCUAUGGGAACUGAAGUCAGUGACCUUGAUUUGAUGCACAUCAGGGAACUCUGCGACCAGGUUCUGUCUCUUGCCGAGUACAGAGCUCAGCUUUAUGACUACCUGAAGAGCAGAAUGAACACAAUCGCACCGAACCUGACUGCACUCGUCGGAGAGCUUGUCGGUGCUCGUCUAAUUUCUCACGGUGGUAGCUUGUUGAACCUCUCAAAGCAGCCUGGGAGCACGGUUCAGAUUCUUGGAGCUGAGAAAGCCCUCUUUAGAGCCCUCAAGACCAAACAUGCCACUCCGAAAUACGGUCUAAUCUACCAUGCUUCUUUGGUUGGCCAAGCGCCACCGAAGAGCAAGGGUAAAAUCUCACGGUCGCUAGCUGCUAAAGCCGCCCUUGCUAUCCGUUGUGAUGCUCUUGGUGAUGGUGAAGACAACACUAUGGGAGUGGAGAGCCGUUUGAAGGUUGAGGCACGGUUGAGAGCUCUGGAAGGAAAAGACUUAGGACGUCUGUCUGGCUCGGCUAAAGGCAAACCAAAGAUUGAAGUAUAUGACAAGGAUAAGAAAAAUGGAUCUGGAGGUCUUAUCACUCCUGCUAAGACUUACAACACUGCUGCAGACUCUCUUCUUGGACAAACUUCCACAGCUGAGAACGGUGUUAAAGAGAAGAAAGAUAAAAAGAAGAAGAAGAAGAAGGCUGCUGAUGCAGAGGAAGAAGAAGCCAAAACCGAGGAACCGUCUAAGAAGAAGUCGAAGAAGAAGAAAACAGAAGUAGAGCCUGAAGCCGAAGAGGAGGCCAAAGCAGAGGAACCGUCAAAGAAGAAGAAGAAGAGGAAACACGAGGAAGAAGAAGCAGAUCUGCCUGCCAAGAAGAAAGAAAAGAAGGAUAAGAAGAAAAAGAAGAGCGACGUCUGAAGUUAGAAGUUUUUUUUUUUUUUUGAAUGUGUACGCUUAUUAUCUUUAUAACGUUUUCUCAGGAACACAAACCCACAAAAUGUCCUGUUUUUGUUUUGCUCUUAAGAACUUGCUCAUGGUUUUGUAAGGGAAGGUAUCGUAUUGUGUUAGUCAUUUUCCUAGAAACUU